UGAAUGUUCUUGGAAACUUUGUAGUUUGUAGUGCCAUACGCAAAUAGCAACUGUCUACCAUUAUUAUUCUCCAAGGUUUUUGACUAUUAAGCCUUACCAGUCUUUUCUCUCUCCUCUUCUCUGCAAACAAGCACUCCUAGCUCCAUCAACUCUAUAUACACAUAUGUUUACAAACACACACUAAAUAAUAAAUUCUAGAGAGAGAAACUUUAGAGCUGAAACCUUCGAAUUUACAGAAACCAAUUUUUUCAAUCGUUGUUUGGAGAGUUCAUCUUUCUCGACAGAAUUUAGCUAUACAAACCCAAGAAUUCUGAAGCUUAAUUUUUCGCACUGAAAUGCUCAGUUGAUUGAAAAACCAUCAGGUUCUUCAAAUUUUCAUUCAUUUCUCAUCAAAAUCGAAGAAAAAAUGCCCAUGGACCGUACAAAUUCAUCGGAAUUCCAAUCGGGAAGCUCCAAAGGCUCGCUGGUCUUGUCAAUCGAAUGCUUAAAAGGAAGCUCCAAAGCCGACGAAUGGACCGGUGACAUGUUACAGACCGGCGACAUAGUGGAAGAGAUAAAGAUCGGAAACCUAACGAUCCGGUCGCCGUUCAAGAACGGGAAGGCCGGAGUGCAGAAGAUACUGCACAACUCGUUCAAGUCGAAGGAGACGUCGAUUCAGGUCCGAGUCCGACGCGGAUCGGACGAGUUCGCCGAGUUACAGGCGUGUAUUGUACCGAAUGAGUUUUCUGGGAAGAAGCAGUACAUGCUUAGGGCUAUUGAUGAUCCGAAUUAUGCUGUUGGGUUCUUUGAUCGGACGGAGACCGAUUGCUUGGCUCUGCAAGCUUCAAGGACCUCUAGGAUGGUGAGUGCAUUAACUAUGACUCAAUUGCAAGAUGGAUAUGUCUCAUAUUCGUGGGAAAGGAGAAUGCAGGAGUUGCUGUCUGUUCCCAAUUCAAGCUGCUUUUUUUCUAUGCUGCUCCUUCCAAAAGCCUCAGAGAGAACUGCUUUCCGCUACAAUGACCUGGAGGACACCCUGGCCAGAGCAAAUGCAUGGCUUAAUGCUUCUCAGGCAUCUGGAGUCCCUGUUGUCUUCAUGAACAUCCAGACUGAAUCCCUACUCACCAAGAUAUCUGGGGAGACAGCUUCUUGUACUGUGAAUGCUGGGUCACUUUCUGACUUGUCAAAUCUUGCAAAUGCAAGCCUAUAUGGUUUUGAGGAUUACCAUGGGGUGGACAUUGGUGUAGUCAGGGCAGUCCGUCUCUGGUUUUCCCCUCUCGGAGGGGAGGUUGGGAUCGAGAUCAAAAUAAAAGAAAGUGACACAAAACUUGGUUUUGCCAUUAGUAGAACAGAAGAGGGAUUCAUCUACAUUUCUUCAGUUAUUGAAGGUGAUGAUAAUGCACCUUCGACACGAUCAGGACUCAGCAAUCUGUAUAAAGAGGCAACCAGAGCAUGUAAACUCCUGGCGGUCUCAAGAAUAUCUAAUCAGAAAGUUCUUCCUUGGAUGGUUUCUCCAACAGGAGCAAUCCGAUGCUUUGAUACUGUUUCCUUAAGCCAGAAGCUGUCAUUGCACCGGCAUGCGAGGGUUCCUAUCCUCAUUCACGUUUUUUUAUGGGACCGAGCAGCAGUUUCUUUCAGUGGCGGAAACAACAGGCUUAGGGCGGCCUCCCCUCCUGCGUUGUCACUACCUCCUGAAGUUCAAUUGGCAUGCCCCCUAAAUGAGAAUCAAGCAAUGCCGUUGCCAUCUGAACUUUCAAAUGAAAGUAGAGUUCUCAGUGAUGGACCAGAGCUCCUGCUUGAGAGAGAUACUGCAGGAGAAUCCUCCUUUCGGUUUCAUGACUUCUCACUUCCAAACAAUUGGGUAUGAUUUUCAUUUGAUUUUCAGUUUUUUGGUUCCUUGUGCUCUCUUACGCUGUGUAUAUAGAGAAGUGUAUAUUCUUCUACACAUGGAGUUAGUACGUGAUCAUUUCCUUGAUUCACAUUGUACACCAUAGUUUACAUAACUCUUCACAGGAAAUGUGACUUUUCCCUUUUUCAUGUCGACAUAUUAACAUGGGAGUCCG